AUGUCUUCCCCUCCCAACGGUGACGGCAUUAUAUCCUCGUCGCCUCAAUCUAUUCGAAUAGUCGGGCGUGACGGCUCUCCUGUGCACGCCCGCAACUCCUCUCCCACCAAUACCCGAAAUAACGACAUCGAACGCGCCCACUCCAACUCGCCCACGCUCGCCCGCCAUUCGCCCUCGAUAUCCCGCGCGCACCACAACCCGUUGGACCCCGAUGUGCGCGAGCGUCAACGCACGAUGGAUGCUGACAUGGCGAUGCACCUCUCACGCGCACGCCGCUCGUCCGUUUCAUCCUCGCCGACGUUGCCUACCCCCUUUCAUCACGCCGACAUCCACACACCACGCGACGUCCUCGAGCGAGAGCAUUAUCAGCAUGAAGAUAUGUUCCCGACAUUCUCGCUGCAGGAGGAGAGGGAUCUGGAGUCGGCGAAACGUGGGCCGGCUGAGAUGGACGCUGUAACGGGGUUACCGGAGGAGGACGAGCCGACAUCAUAUGAGCGCGUUCCGUCGCCCGACCUCGGGCUCGCUCGUCUGGCUCUAAGCCAAGGGCACGAGCCGACAUUACUUGCGGGCUCACGGCCAAGACAGUCACCAGAACCCGAUACAACGGAGACAGGGCUACCACUAUACCAACCGCCUGUCAUACAUGACAGACCGACGUUUCGCUUUGGCCUCAUGGAGGACUUCGCAAAGUCCGAGAAGCGCGCAUUAGGCCUGGCUACGCCCGGAGACGAGUUAGGACCCGCAUCGUUCCUGCGCCAACGGUCAAGUCAUCAGGGAGCGGGGGGAAGUGGUGAGAACGACGCCGGACCAAGCGCACCGCCAGACUUUAUCAUCCCGCCCAGCCGUCCGACUCGCGAGCGUAAACUCAGCCAUAGCAACCACGUCCCACGAAGACAAGGAGGAGGGAAGAUGGCUCUAUUCGAGUCCGGCGCUACCGGCGCAUCAUCGAUGUCGGCGCCGCGUCUAUCGCACCUCUCUCCUCCGGGGCCGCUCAAUAGCGCGCUCUCGUCGUUUGAGAACUUACCCGCUGCUGCUGCUCUGAGCACGCCGGGAAUCUUGCCAGGCGGGAAUGGCGGUCACGAUCGACCGUACCGCUUCUCGUUCUACUCUAACGCAUUGAGCGCGACCAUCCACGCGAGGAGUCUGAGCGAACUGCCUGCGGAAGACCAGUCGUUCGAGGACAUGUUCUCGGGCUCGGUCGGCGCCACUCGUCAGGCAGCUAAUGGGAAGGGUGUGGCAUCCGAAGUCUCUACGGCACCGCAGUCGUACAGUGCUUCGCCGGCGCCGGGAUCGUACUUUCCCGAGAAGCUCGGGUCGAAAGGCGGAAAUGGUCUUGGACCUGCUGGACCCACUAUUCCCAACUACGCGCGCAUCAAUGGCGAUGGCGAGGGUCAUACUUGGUGGCUGGAUGUGCUAUCACCGACGGACGAGGAGAUGAAGUUGCUCAGUCAGGUCUUCGGCAUUCAUCCACUUACAACCGAGGAUAUCCAGACGGAGGAGUCGCGAGAGAAGAUCGAGCUCUUCCGCACGUAUUACCUUGUGUGUUUCCGGUCCUUUGAUCAAGAUCCGUACAGCCCAACGCAUCUCGAGCCGGUGAACAUGUACAUCAUCGUCUUCCGCGAGGGCAUCCUCUCCUUCCACUUCCGAGCCACACCGCACCCGCAGAACGUCCGCCGUCGCAUCAAGCAAUUGCGAGACUACAUCUCUGUCACCUCCGACUGGAUAUCGUACGCGCUCAUUGACGACAUCACGGACGCGUUCGGGCCGCUCAUUCAGAGCAUCGAGUAUGAGGUCGAUAGUAUCGAUGAGCUCGUCCUCAUCCUGAAGGACGCCGAGCAAAGCGACAUGCUUCGGAGGAUUGGGACGUGCCGCAAGAAGGUCAUGGGCCUAUUACGAUUGAUGGGUAACAAGGCCGACGUCGUCAAGGGUCUCGCUAAACGCUGUAACGAGAACUGGAAGGUGGCACCCACUGGUGACAUCGGACUAUACCUCUCCGACAUCCAAGAUCACUUAAUCACGAUGACCCAGAAUCUGAACCACUACGAGAAGAUUCUGUCACGCUCCCAUUCGAACUACCUUGCCCAGAUCUCCAUCGAGAUGACAGACGCGAACAACCAGAUCAACGACGUGCUCUCCAAACUCACAGCGCUGGGUACCGUACUGGUCCCCAUGAACCUGAUCACCGGUCUCUGGGGCAUGAACGUACACGUUCCUGGCCAGGACAUCGAGGAAGGGUACGCGUGGUUUGGCGCAAUCGUGGGUGCUCUUGCCGCCAUCGCGCUCAUCGGUGGCUACACUACUUAUAAACUCAUGACCCGGUGA